AUGGAGGCAUUGCGAGCUGCCAUUUUGCCGGAGGAACUAGGGCUCAGGGAGUUGGAGACUCGUAAAGUAAAGGGCGGGGCACUCGUUCCCAGCUCCUCUAGUGAGGGGAUUGAGAGAUUGGAGAGAGAAAUAAACACCAAAAGGACACUAAAGGAAAAACUGCAAGCAAAAAAACCUUUCAGACGCAACCCGCAGAUUCGGGUGAAGGGAAUUUCCACCACUACCGAUGACUUGGCACUCAAGGCAGCUGUCAUAAAUCAAAACCAUCUAGACGGAACAUCAGAAGACAUUAAAGUAGUCCGGACUUUCCCCAACCGGGACGGGACUAAAACCGUAGUUUUUGAUGUGGAACCAGACAUCUUCAGACAACUCAAAACUAAGAGGCGACUUGUCGCGGGGUGGACGUCCUGUCCAAUGGGGGACCUUCACGUUCUCUUCUACCGGCGGUGCUCCCGGUACGGACGCAGCAUGACAAAAUGUCAGGAACAUCCUAGAUGCAUACAUUGCGGCAAGGACCACGCAGGAGCAGACUGCGAUGGGCGGAGCAGGCGAACGUGCCUCGCCUGCGAGGAAAACCCACAAGUCCGUCCAACCGACACGGAGCACAGCAGCAGCGACGCAGACUGUCCAACGUACAUGUGGUACGUUGCCAGGCUGCAUCAAGAAAUAAACUAUGGAUAGAACCUUGAGGCCAGUCCACAGGGAAAACUAGCCCAUUACCAUAAUGGCAAACACUCGAGACCAUAGAUCACAUCAUUCAACCCACA